AUGCGGCUGAGUCUGCAUUUGCGUGAGAUCUUUGACAAAAUUACGGAAGCUGUCCAGGAUUCGUUUUUGAAGUCGGGACUCGACAAGGUUCAGCCACUUGUCCUCCAAACCGGAUCAGAAUAUCCCAUGAAGCUCAACCUGCUUAUACGUUUAAUGCUCGGCCCUGAAGGUUCUCCACGGGGUGGCCGCCUCCUGUACCAAAAGAUGCAGCGGGAGAAGAUCAUUGGCUGGACGGACUUUAUUCGUGCCUUGGUCGGCGCGGGAAUCAUCCAAAAGGUCCUCGAGAAGUCCAUCGACCCCGUCCUCGAGAUGAUCCUGAGGGAAAAAUUCUUUGCGGCUCACAUUGACGAAAAUGUCAUGCCAAAAAUCAAAGCACAGGCCGAAGAUAUGGCAUUCUACCUUCAUACUUUCGUCGACCUACUUCUUCCCCGGUCCCCGACAACCGCUCGGCCCCCCAAAGAAAACGACGACGUGGAAUUCGAGACAAAGACGGAGGCUGAUCCGAUCCAUCCCGACACCUUCCAGCUACCUGACGUCUCAAUCAACACUCAUCAGUCCCUGAUCUCGAUCUUCGAUACUGCCCUUCGCUGGCGUGCGAGCAAGGACAAAAUCGUACGCGAAGAUUACAAUUUCCAUUUUCCCUCGAAUGUCAUUCCGGUACACUGCGAGUGACUGGCUGGACGUACGCGGCUCGACUCAGCGUACUGGGCCUAUAAUGCUGUGUCUGUGGCCUAUUGCCAGACUCCGCAAGCGCCGAGGCCUCCUUGCUGGGUGGGACAUUUUCAAGAGGGUCGCGGCCGGUGUCGUACUUUGAGGGAUUUCGCAUUCGAGGAUCCUACUAUAGAGGAUCUCGCUUUGAGGGGCGGCCGAGGCACCAAAUGCUCCAGUUCCGGAAGAUCCCAAUAUGGUGUCCGUUGAAAAUAAAGAUGCAAUGCUUUUUGAGGGG